UGUAAUUGAUAUUAACAUAGAAUUUUAAAUAUGUGUGUUUACAAUUUUCACUAUUUUUAUCCAAUUUGGAUGAAACUUUUGUUGCUUCUGUUUCGAUGGAUAAAAAUAAGCUAUUUAAUUUGGUGAAAUAUUAGCUGCAAAACAGGUCACAAGUUAAAUUAAUUUUUGUCUAUCUAAAACGAAAUAUUCAGGAUUAAUUAGGUACAGUUGAUUCCAAGGUUAUUACAUACUUAACAUUUUAUAUCGAUUAAUAUUAUUUUUUGAGUGAAUGAAAAAAGAUGGUCGAACCGUUCAAAUAAACGCAAAAACGAAUAACAUCGUUACUUUACGACCUCUAUUUACCCACCUUCCUGAUAUUAUAUUAAUAACAAGUAAUAUUUUUUAGAACUAACAAAAAACAGUUGCAAAUUCGAAAAUUUAGAUAAUGUUUUCAUAUAUUAUAUAAAUUGUGAUGAAAGUAAUACAAAACCACUUUUAGUUUAGGGUCAAUUUAAAAUAUAUGCCCUUUAAAAAAAUUGCAUAUUUUUCUCUCCCAUUGAAAUAUCUCCAGAACGACGAGAGAGUUCGAAAAAUAUUGUAGUUGCACACAAUGUUCCAAAACGUUCGAAUUCGAAUAUAUAUCCCUUCGACGCUAAAUUGAAUAUUUGGGAUCAUUCAAAACAUAGAUGGCUUAAAACAAGAUCAUUUCAAUGCCCUAAAUGCUAAAAAAUAUUACUCAUUAAUAUCAUUAUCGAAGGAGCCAAAAUAUUGAUAAUCACAUUCGAUGGAAAAUUUUCAGUUUUAAAGGGAGACUUGUUUUCAUUGAACAGUUAAUUUCAUCGGAAGCAAAGUAGAAGGAACUUUUAUGGAAGUAUCGAGCAGACGCCGAACGAAGAUAUGAUUUUAACGAUGCAUGCUUCUUAGCUUCGUCUUUUGUUUCGAUCGAAUCGAUCGUCGAGUGCUUCGUGUUCCGAGCGAGAGAUUCGUAAUUAAUUGAACCCCAGUUGGCCAGACUCGGUCGUAAACGUAUGGCAAAAUAAAUCGACGCGACCAGACGUCCAUGAAGUAUGUCAAUGCGUGUAUGUAUCCUUGACAUAGCAUGCGCCAGGAAUCAGUCUCCUAGAAAACGGGAUACGCAAGUGCACAGAGUCUCCUUCGUUUCCGGUUCUCGUCCCCGUCCCCACGUGAUUUCUGUCUUUAUUUCUUUGUCUGCCUCUUACUCUUCUUCUGCCUUUCUCUUUGCACCCUGCGGAUCGAACGACGACAAUACGAGACGUCGACAAGGACUUCCGGAAGUCGGACGCUGAUCGGGGAGAGUACAGAGAAUACACACACGGAAAAAAAAAAUUACAGAUAAAAAAAAAAUAACAGUAAAGGAUAACCGUACGAACCGUAUUGCGGUGAUAAAUAAUAUAUAACAUAAAAAAAAAAAAUAUAUAUAUAUAUAUAUACAAAAAGAACAAAAAGUGCUGCGAUUGGAAUGCGUGGAAUGAGCUGCUUUGGAUGUGUAGGUGAUAAGACGUUUAGCAACCCCUAACGGGGGGAGAUAUCACGCCCGCAUCCGCCCCCUUCGUCACUCACCUCAGUUCUAACAACAACAACUACUAAAAACAACCACGCACAUGAUCAGCCAUCAUCGCGAAUCAUCAUGUACCACCGCCAUGAAAACCAUCAUCAUCAUCAACAACAUCCGAACACCAUCAUCACGAAUCACCACGGUUUAAGUCUCCUCGAGUCUCCACGACAUACUCCGAAAUUAGUGGCCCGAAGACAUGCACGUGACCUCUUCCCUGAUCCAGGCCCUGCCAGGGAGGAACCAACAGGUACACUGAUCACACGUUAAUCACGAUUCUAAUCGAUCGAAACGAAGGGAAACAGACACACACGCCUCCGUGCCCCUCGUCCCAGACUUCCCCACGUCCAUGUCGAACACCGCGUAAGCUGAUCGAUUAGUUUGGACGAAGUGACCGUCGAUGCCCUCUACCGAUUCUCCAACGUUGCUUUGCGUCAGCCAUCGAAGGAAUUUCGCGCAAUCGGACGGGAUCGAUGACGAAACGAGAGGCGUUUGGUGCUAAAUCCGAACCAAGGCAAUCAUUGAUCGAAGGAAAAGAGGUCUUUCGAUCGAUGCUGGUAUUCAAUGCUAUUUAAAAUCGUUUCUGCGUCCGGGCGCUCGAAUACAUUUAGGAUUGAAUAAUUUAGGUAUGCAUAGGUAUCGAGAAGCAUUACCGUCCAUAAGUUCAAUUGCACCCGGGAAUCUGAAUAACGCUAACCUUUCAGAACUAUUUGCAUCGUCGAGUAUUAUGGUACAUGGAACGUUGGAUGUGUAAUAUGUGUGGUUUACGUGUAAUAAUUAAUCGAACUUUGAUCAUUUUUGUACCUUUCGACAACUACCUGCUCAAGAACGGAAUUUUAUAAAUGGAAAACUGUUUGAAAUAUCGAUUUAACAUUUUGCACCAUUACUUGCACACAUCUUACGAAGUUACACGAAUUUUUUCAUUGAAAAAUGUGUAAUAGAUUCAGAGCUGUAGACUGUUGUCUUAAACAUUUUGGAUGAAACUACCCUCGAAGUUACCUGACCUUUUUCGUAUAAAUUUGCUAUUUUAACGCAUUAAAAAAGUAGAUCUAUAUAAAGGUAUCACAUUUUCCGUUGCUUCUAAAAUUGAAAGACUUUACUUUAUAUUUACCUUCAACUUUGCACUCUUUUCAGUUUUAAUUUUUAUUUUCCAAAAUUAUACAACGACAUACAGAAUAGUUGCAAUCAUACUUAUGGACGGUUUAUGCAGAAUAAAGUUAAAUAAAAAAUACAGUACUGCCUCGUUUCUUGCAUCAAUAUGAGUUAGGGACACUUGCAAACUGAAUCACUAUUACCACUGCUUUUUUUCUGCAAUAGUACACCUAUACGUAAUCUUUAAAUCAUAAUCAUACAAAGUAAGUAAAAGUAGAGUUUUAAAAGAAAUCAUUUUAUCAAAUAUUGGAUAACACGAGCGCUUUUCUACAGUCUAUUAACAAAAAUAAAUAGUGUGUACAAUAUUCCACUAUUGUAAUAGUCACUUCUAGAAUUAAAAUCCUAUUUGAGCGGCCCAUUUCAGCUCGACCAGUUUCGAGAACAAAGUCUCGUCCAAACCUAUCUGUAUGAAAGCUGAUAGUUUCAAUUUGAUUGCAAAAAAGCGAGGCAAUGCUCUAGUCUGCUGUAUCCAAGCAAGUUGCAUGUAUCUAGAUGAGAAAAAUAUAAAGUAUCGUUCUAUUAUUCCUGGAAAUAAAUAUCAUAUUUUCACGAGGAAAAUGAAAGGGCGAGGUUGCAAUGAAUAUGACAAUUUUACUUACUUUUGCGAUCAAGAGAAAUAGAUUUUCUCUAGCACCAAACACCAUCGACUCGAGAAUCUCGACGAGUCCCUUUGCGCGAAAUCUAUGAUCUCUGUCAAAUAUUAUGUCACACCUACGAUAGAAAACAACGCGUAUGCGUACAUAUUACGUGGGCGUGUAUAUGUUGUACAUGUACACCUGCUGGAGAUCGUGCCUUCGAGAAUGCCACGGUAUGUAUGCCACACAAAUGGCGGAACUCGAGUCAAAAGUCACGCCUAACCCACACGCGUCGCGUGGAUUGCGUAUUUUCCUGCUCGAUGAUCAACCCUCUGCCAAAUUCGCAUAGAUCUCCUCGAAAUUUAUAAUAAACGACGUUCUCAGACGGAACUUUGGAUCGGAAAAUAAUUUUCAAUUCGAUGUUCGAAAGAAGCAACAAACUCAGGCGUGAAAAGUAAUGUUGUAGUGAAUUAAUUCAGAAACUCGGGAAAAUAUACAAUGGACGCGCGUGUAGGAACAGAGGCAACAAUUUUUUCGUUGCACCGCGACGCACCGUGCACAGAUUUUCUCUAAAAUCGAGUCAUAUUCACCGACUGUGGGAAUUCGUGUCAUUGUCGACACGAAUAGUUUAAAUUGGACCGAUCUGAUUAGUCGAGGCGUGCAUCGAAAUCAAUGCACGUUCACCGCUUUCACUGUGCUCCACUGAGACAAGAUUUAGCAUCGAUGACUGGAUCGUCAGUCACGGUGAAGAUAGAUUAUCGGUUAUGCUAUGAGCAGGAUCACGUAAGCCAUUGAUGGAUGACAUGGUUUGUGCGAGGAGUACCUGGAUUCAUUGUAAAACGAGACAAUAGUAUUAUUUUGGAGCAACUGUUGUGAAAUAUUGGAGGCUCGAAACACGGGAAGAUCGACAGUUGCUUAGUAAAAAUUUUUAAUUUAAAGUAUACAUUGAAAGAGACUUUGGAAAAUUUGAUUUAAUGAUAACGAACAAGCUUUUGUUUAUGUUUGAUUCCUAAAUUAGAGUAACAACAGAGCCCAUUGUUGAGACAGAAAAAUAUAUAUACAAACCUAAAUUGCAUUUAUAUUGACGACUAAAUCAAUUUUGAAUUUUAAUAAAAGUACAAAAAAUUUUUCAAAGCUUAAUUUGACCUGUGUCAAAAUCGAAUCGUAGUACGAAAAUAGAUUGAGGAAUCGAAUAGUCGAUUCAGUGUACUCCUGUCACAGCUUUGUUAGUUGGGAAUUCUGUAACGAGAAAGAGGUGAACGGACAUCAGCCCAGAUGCUGGAGAACGGGGAACAACAUGGCCGUGCGAGACUUUUGAUUCGUCCCGUAAGAAAUACAUAUUCAUUCGAUCAUUUUCUUUGAUGUGCAAGUUCAUUCUUUACGUAACGCGUACACUGGCUGAGCCAACAAUCGGGGCCUUAUAUGUUUCAUCAACUAUUAACUUCGCGGAAAGUUGUGUUGAACGCUAUUCGUUUGAUGCUGGUUGAUAUUAAUCUUAUGCUACAAAGAGCCGAUAGUUAAUUGCAGACUGUUCUUAAUCGCAGUUUAAUAUUUAUAAUCCAGGCCAUUUCUAUAAUAAAGCUUCCAAAGAAUAUUUUACAAAAUUUAUAAUCAAGAACUAGAUUUUCAUACAGUGCGAUUAAUUUAUUUACAGAGAGUUUAUUUAAGUUAUAACUUAUUAAAAAAUGUUUGUAGUUAUAACUGACUAAAUACUACUUAUUGAAUUUUUUCGAUCUCCAAUCCUCACAAGUCCAAGAUUUAUAAUACAAGUUAAGGAGCUUGCUUCAACACCAUUUCCUCUGGAGUGUAGUUUAAAGAAACAUUUUAGGUUUUAUUCUCAGUCUGUGUACGUACACAUACACGAAUGAAUGGUUACUCUUAAAUAUGUAUAUUUUUCUACAAUACGGAAUGUGUUUGUCCUGUUUACGUCACACACAUAUAUACGUACUAUCUAUAUAUGUUUAUAUAGGGAGUUCCAUUUGUCAUAAGUAUCUUAAACAUCUCUGCUGCUAUUGAAGGUAUGAGAUAUAACCAAGGGAAAGUUGUACAAUUGCUACAAGGCUACUUUUUUCAUUCCAAGUUCAUCAGAAACGAAUCAAAAAUUAGCGUCGAAUCGUUUCCCAAUUUAGUAUUAAAGCUGGGUACAGUAUUCAUGUUUGCUUGACCUUUCGUUAACGCGCUUAGAAGCUAUUAUUAAUCCUCGUUCAAUAGUUCAAACUUUAUGUCUAAAUUAGUCCGUACAAACCAAGUUAGAUUGAGAGACUAUUGGAACAGUCAAGAAGCAAAAAUGGACAAGAUAUUUAUUUAUGACAAAUCAAGACGUAUCCUUCUCGUUCACGUUUCCUCAUUUUGAAAGUCACUUCAUGAUCAUCUUGACUUCGACCUUAGUCGUAUGCUCGUAUUUUCGAAAGCAGCAAACAUAGUUGACGCACCCAUGACAAAUGGGACCCUCCGUAUACACAAAAUGCACCACUUAAAAAAAAAAAAAUCUGUACAUUUAUAUUAAUCUGUAUAAUUUUCUGUUGACUUGAUAUCAUCAUCUCCACUGUGACUCACUGAAUGUUUUUACCGCCCAGUUAUAUAUAUACUCUCUCUUCUCGUUCUUGUACGUCUCAGACACGUUCUUGCCCAUCACGACUUACUACCACUAUCAUGGCCAAUCGUCGUAAUCGAUGCACGAGCAGCGGGACGGUCCGAAAGUCGUCAAGUCGCGUCAAGGCGAGCCGAUCCCAGGCCCAAGGAAGGACUUUGCGACUGUUUGGCACCGACCUGAUGCGACAUGCGAUAAUACUACGACGUUCUCCUCGCGAGCUCAAAGCCACGAACGAGAGCCUGAAGAGCCUCCAGACGCAGUUGGAGCUGGCGUACGCCUCGACCGCGUCCUCCGGAGCAGCCGUGGCGGGUGGAGUUGCUGGUCUCGGGAUAGGUAGCGUAUCAAGUGCAGGCGGUACCGUCCUUGGGGGUAGCGUGGCGGUUCCAGGCGGCGUGCCCGGUAGCACCACCCUGACGGCUAUCAUGGAGACAAAAGACGCGCGUAUACAGACCCUGGAGAAGGAGGUGUCGUUGCUCGAGACUGAGUUACAGCGUAUUAAGGAGUGCGGAGGUAGACUAAGGGAACAGCUGCUGAAAGCCACCGCCGUCCCCAGCGGCGGCGGUAGUCUGCAGCAGCAGCAGCAAUCGCAACAAUCGGCGUUACAGCAACAGCAACAGCAACAACAACAACAACAGCAGCAAAGUUUGCUAGCUACGGGAGGUAUUGAGUCGCAAGUGCGACAGGGAUUGGUGACUGCCAUGGGUGGUUCGCAGCAGCCCGGCACGUUGGACUUGGCCAGGGGACCGUCCGUGAUGACCUCGCUGGUACCGUAUGGUCACUCGUCGUCCACGGCAUUAACCAGUUCAUUACUUGCCGGUUCGACAGGUGGGAUCAUGAGCGGCGGAGGAGGUGGGGGCGGUUCCUCGUGCCUGGCCGGCAUCUCGUCGGGCGCUACCACUGGCGUGGUCAAUCCCUAUACCGAUCGUUACGCCGAUCAUCAUCUCCAUCAGCUUCAUCAUCAUCUUCCUUAUCAUCAUCAGCCUCAUCUCCAUCAACACCACCAACAGCAGCAUCAGCUGCAGUUGCAGCAUCAGCAGCAAAUGCAGCAACACUUGAAACAAAUUGAGCCAGCGGCGCAGGGCGCGCUGGCGCUCCACGCGCACACCUUCAACAAGCACGACAUGAACUUCAAACGGCAAGUAAGUUUCUUCAUCAACAACGUGCGCAUCGAAAAGAACGACGCCGUCUAGGGACACCCGAACGGAUAUCUCUCCUCCGAUGCGUCACGCCGGACCUCGCGCACCGCAGGUGCCUCCGCGUGAGUACACAACCCGAUCUCUCAUCAGGUAUCGAGAGAAAAGGGAUAUAUCACGAUACCUUGCGUCUCGUUUCGAGAUUCACGACAAAAAAAAAAAAAUGAGAGAAACAGAGGCCGAGCGUCCGUUUCACCGAUCCUCGAGCCAAGGACGUGGGGCGUGACGAUCGCGAAGAAGCCAACCCCGGACUCCCGGAGAUCCGGUAUCUUCCCUACCCCAAACCCCGGAUUCGGACGUUCAAGUCUUCGGAUGCUUGAGUUAGGAAGAGAGAAUGCGUGUCAGUGAGAAAGAGAGAGUGUGAUCAAUGAUGUCGAGGCGCAUGUAGCCGUACGUGUCUGUUACCUAGUCUCCGUAGAGAGGAAAUGAAGCCGAACGAGCGCGCAUCGCCCAGGAAGCUGCACGACGUGGUCGUCAUCAAUCGUUCAGGUUGAAACGUCCCGUGGAUCCUUCGAUGCCUUUCGUUUUCUCUUCCGACCGCCGUAUACGAGUCCGUGAGACCAAAGACGACGCUGCCCCAUCGAACGACCACUUCUUUCAUUAACGCUAUCGAAACGCACACACAACCUAACCCCUAAAUGGCUCGAAAGAAACCACCCCUACCCCCCCCCCGUUGGUCUAAGGCACGAUACGCUUACUUUUCUACUUUUUAUUCGUGAACCGCGUCGUUCGACAGGCUUCCCCUCGAGGAUCGAGAACGAUAAUCUGCGUUUCGAUUCUCAUCGACUCGUAUACGAGCACGUAUACACAUUAGCGUACCUGUUUUCUUUACCUCCCGACAUCCAUUUCUCAUCGAACAGCAGAGUUUCUAUUUUUUGACUCGAUUGUACCUGUUUAAGAAGUCGUAGGUGUACGAGAAGAACCGGCGGGAAACCCAACGUUCGUUCCCCGCGUCCGCGCGGUCAACCUUGAUCCCCGUGACCAUCAUCGAUCGGUCUUCCCCGCGAUCGUCCCGGCGAUUUUUUGGGCGUCCAGCCCUCGCAACAUCCCCAUUUGCCUCUUCCCUGCCAGGACGAAUCGUUUGAUCGCGCGACGACGACGGGGAACAACGGGUUUCGAGCAGUUCCGAGAGAAAGUCAAUGAGAAAGUCACAAUUCGGUAGCUUCUACGUGUUAAGUCCGAGAGCAACCGUGCGUACCUAAUCUGUAGGCCUUAGAAGAUGAUAUAUGUUGUUGAAUUCUGGGAUGUCUAUAGAUGUUAACGUUGUACAACCUUGAUUAGAAGAGCGUCUUUAGUAGGAGACAAAGUUGUUUCGAUUAUGUUAGAGUCUCGCUACGUGUACGCGGCACGCCAUUCCGUGAAACGUCCAUGAUAUGACACGUGUCUUUUGAUCACUUUGCAGAAGAGAUUCCGAUGAGAUAUUCAAGGUUGGAAAAUAGUUUUGUAUAUUUAAACUCGACGUGUUAAUUAUCACGUUUCUUAGUUGAAGCUUUAGUACAGCAUUAGUCAUAUAAAGAUCAAUUUUUACUUUGAAAUACUAUUACCACCUGCACUGCCCUAUAACUUAAAACUAUUAUUGUCUCUGUAUAAAAUUGUAGAAAUAACACAUGGAUCUGUAGAAGUUCAUCAAGUCUGGUAUAAGAUUAAUAAAGUCUAAAUUAAUGUUGCUUGAGGUAUCAUCAAAUCAGUUUUCAGUGAAGUGAAUAGUCCAAGAUUUAUCAAAUUAUUUUUCUGCGAAGCGACCCAAAGGACUCGUGUCCUAUCACGGACGUGUCAAAGUAGCCAGGCGUACGUGUAGAUUCGUGGUGCGUGUACCAAACGUAAACGACGUUGCAGAAACGUGUGAACAGAGGAAGAAAGCGUGCGUGUACAGAGCGUGGGGUAGACGAGGGAAAGUAAAGAAGCUUCCAACGAUAUAUUUUCGUAGCUCAGAGCGUUUUAACCCGCCUCGAUGUCCACCAUCGUCCCCAAAAUGUUGGUGUCAUCCCCUGUGUAGGUGCUAUACCUAGCUUAACCAAACGAAAUCAGGCGUAUCGAUUACGAAGCGUUGCGUGGACGCGAAUUGAAAGUUAAAAUUCUCAACCUUCUAUUUCCGAUCGUUUACGUGCCCCGGAAUACAUGAUUUCCCACGUUCGGGGGUUAGCGACAAUCUUUAUUUUUCUACUAAAAGAUAGGACUGGUUAUCCUUAUCGAGGGUUAGGUCUAAAUUGUACAUUGAUAAAUUAACGAACGACGUUCGCGAGUGAACGUUUCAGACACGACCUGUGCUCUCUUGUACCGUAAUCGGACGAUCGGGGCAGGCUACAUAGGACAUUCUGGCAUCCGUGGAAUUGCGGUGGUCGAGCUGGGUAUACCCUAAUCGUUAGCCCUGCAGGGAUAAUCCCCCUUUUCCCCCCGGUGUUCCCACCCGAGGAUGGAACCGUGGCAACCGGAACUCGACGUGCGUUGCUCACCAGGACAUCCCCGAUCUCCGGACUUCCUUCCACCUCGACGAUGUUUGACGAAUAUCACGUGUUAACCAUCUUGGGGACGACUCUACGUUCGCAAGGUCCACACUGAGCCUAAACGAAAGCACGUUCACGUUUCUACCGAUCCUCUUCGGACUCUUGACACAAGAACGAGACUCGAAACGGUCUAACGCGAGCCUGGAAAUUACAAUAAUCGAACGACUAAAUAACAAUGACACGCAUAAAAGAACGACAAAAUACGAGAGCCGAUGGAAAGAAACGAUUUUGUUUUCACCUUCUAUGCCACCCUGUCGCUUCUCUCUGUGUACCCGUGCCUGUGCGUAACGAUUCUCCUUGAAACCUUGACAGCCUCGAGGCCGCACCAGCGUUACAAGAACGCCUCGAAAGGAACCGGUGAAAAGAAAACGCAGACAAGUCGAAACGAAAAAAAUACCGAAAUAGCCCUGUUGCACGUUCUUUGGUGAACCCCAAGGGAUCCCAUGAAUCUCGUUCCGGUGAACCCCGAUCCGACUUUAGUUUCGAUUCUCUUCAGUGAUUCUAUGUGUCUUGAAAUGAACACCGACCUUCUUCCAUAUUUAGAACGAUCUAUCUUUCCAAUCUCCUCGAUACAGACAGAGUACAGGCCAAAGGGUGCAUCAGUGGCAAGAAUGACGACUCAUCAUACUAGAGUCGAAUUAACGAAGAUAACGUCGAUUAAAAAUGUGAAUAAUAAGAAUGGAGAGAAAGAAAGAACGAUUGCGUUCAAUCGUUUCCUGAUUCAACUUGACCCAUCCUCUAUCCUCGUCCACUUGUCCUUUUGUUCGUGUCUCGAACAAAGAAUUCUCCGCACGUGUUAAACAUUUACCACCCCAGUUUAUGAUUUAUCGUUGAAAAGAAAUUAUUUCCCCAAAAUUUGGUUUCUCCAUCGUUGCCAUAAACGUUCGCCAUCGACCAUGCUUGUCACGCACUCACCCCACACGAAAUAAAUAAAUUCACCCAAUGUAGAGUCGUUUCAUCCCAUACUACGAGGAUCAUUGUUCAACGUCGCUAAAAUUACCAAAAUAUCAUCCCUCUGGACAUCUCGGGUUCCUGCAACAUCCCCUAUUGGCCCUCACGGUAGAUUUGGCAACGAUCUGUCCAUAUCCCUCGCUCCCGUAAUAUCAAUUUCGUUCGAUUUUCGGUAACCACGACACUGAACAAGCGUAAAAUCACAGUCACCACGUUCACGGACCACGAAAAGGAUCGGUUGGCACAAGUCCUAUCCUUCAACAAACAUGCUUCAUCCAGCCCAUAAACUCUUUAGACUUAGCCAAUCAUUGCUAAAAAAAAAAAAAAAGAAAAUCGUGUCACACUCAUUUCCAUCGUCUCCCGAUUCGUUUCACCCGAAUCUAGCAUUUCGAAGGGACUUUCGCCGGCCACCAUCGAUCAUUUCAUUCGCAGACCAUCGCUCGAUUAGGUGACAAGCAUCAUAGACGGUGUCGGUGCUAAGGGUACUCGUCUCAUCGCGGCCAUAACGUUCACGAAAGGAGUCGAGAAUCGUUUCAUCGCGAGAUCAUCGUCGUUCGCAAGCCAUUCUCUCGUCGCGUAGAGUUCGAAUGCAAAUUUAUCGUUCCAGGCAUGAUGCAUGCGUCAGAGAGUAGGGCGAGGUAGACAAUUGUUUCUCGCUAGCACCAUUUUCAGGCUCGUUCGUAUGGAGGCGUCGAUCCUUUGGCGUCGCUCGCGCGGUCGCGUCAACUCCGAAACGAGUCUUAUCGGUGGCUAUUUUAAAGACUUGAAGUGAAGAACAUUUUUAAAGAGAUCCGUAACAUUAGAUAGAGCUUCCAGCAUCGUUCGUUGUUUAUUUCAAGUCUUGAGCUUUCGUCGAGAUUGCGCGACUGUCGCCCGAUACGACAAAGAUUCGCGUUCAUACAAUAGACAACGAGCACAAACGAGAUAUUUUUUUUCUCAACUACUCUUCUUCAUCGAGACUAGCGAUUGUUAUUAGAAUCAUCUAGGAAUUCGCAGGUCGACUGGGUUUCCUUGAUAUCGUCGCGCCGAGACUAGCGGUAAAUCUACGAAGUACUCGAAUUAAUAAAUUAUCUAUAUUAUCGUGUUCAUAUACACUGUCCAUAGGAUUAAAUGGUAUAACGUAUAAUUUUAUAUACGACACUUUAACGUUUAGCUAUAACUCGAUCGAAGUCAAUAUUCUCGACGCGCAAUUAGCGGCAAGUACAAAUACGGUAAAACGUAGAGAGUGAGAGAGGGAAACGGUGAAAUUAUAUUUAGAAUUUUCCACGAUGGGAAUAAAUAAUACGGUAGCUGAGCCCUGUAGGUUUUCUCUUUGGCGAACUCGUGAUAUCCUUUAGGGAACUUUAAAUCGAGUCGAAUUUUCGGCGUUCCAGCGAUAACAAGGAAUCCCAGAGGAGGACUGGUAACCGCUGGAUAAACUAGUCCGGCCGAUUGUCCGCUUCACGCCGUUCGAAAACCACUUUUCGCCGUCGGUUUAUCUAUCGGCCGUAGCGAGAUCGGGCAAAGUUCGAUCGUAGAGAGUUCACGCGCCGAUCAGCGGCUGCGGGAACGAUUUCGUUCGUUUCGCGUUUGUUCGUGUUUGUUCGUGUUUGACCACGCUUAGUCCGCCGUGCGACCAUCCAUCCGUCCGACGUUUCACCUACAUUCACGAAUUCAUCGUUGGCGUUACGAAGUACGAGAUCUUAGAAGCGCAUGCGAGUCGUGUUUGUGCAUGCUGCAUGAUACGCAGAUGACUCCGGUUUCGUUACACUCGACGCAUCCACUCAUCAUCUAGCUGUCUGUCGUCUCUCGUUGAUCGAUUAUCGAUAAGGUAAACGAACAAGCCGGGAUCACCAUCGUCCUCUGCGCGAGGCUCGUAGCUGGCCAGCUGUCGAGCGACGAAACGAAAGGGUCGUUCGGUUUAAACUAUUCGGCUGUUACGCCACCGCGUUUCUCGUCUUUCCCUCGCUAAAUCGUGGACGUUCUAUCUACGAUAGCUGUUCUCGUCGAUCUUUAACCAUAGCUGAUCUUUCGUCCAUGGGACGCGUGCAACGUAACUCGAUAACUAGAAAUAAUUUGGUAGUGUAUAGUCCGAGCGAAUUCGAUUGACCGCUCAAGUCCGUUCCCCCUACCGCGUUGCAAGUUGCUCGGAACACAAUUUAAACUUUUACUGGCUCUCUGCUCGAGAGACAGAAUUUUCAUCGCGAGAGGGGACAUAGCGGUGACCUCGAACGGCCAGACUAUCCAAGAAUAUCCAAGAAAAUAUAGCCUGAUGAUUUUUCGCCUAGAGAAAUUUAGAUUGUCGUUUUAAAUGCAACGAGGUCUCCGUGAACGCUUCAACUGCCGAGUCUAGAAUUUUCAUACUUCUAUCCUUCCGUAAAAUUUAGAACCUUUUAAACAGUUUAUUGUUUGCGAUCGAUAAUUACGUAAAGUCUGUUGACUUGGCAGUUAAACAUGACCUUUGAAUAAUAUUUCGUGUUUGUGCUAAAAGAAUAGAAUUCGUGGAUAAACCGAACGAUGCCCUUCGUCACUCGUCUAGGCAUAAGGGUACAUUAGCAGUUAAGCUAGAGCUAAGUUAGCAAUAAGACGGCAAUGGAUGGCAGUCCCCAACUCCGCUGAACUCGUCCAAUUCCCUUUUCUAUGGCCAUAACGUAACGACCGUCGAUGAAACGCGCCGCGAUCGUUAAUAACGUUACUGCUCUUAACGAUCGUACGGAAUAAAUUUUGUACGUGACCGGAAUUAGCAGGGAAACAAAUCAGCGAACGACAAAAUCCGAUCACGUUCGCCCGCGCUGCCCGAAAGCUUCCUCCUUCCGUGGAUCGAACGCCGAGGAAUCGGGAGCAACGUGCAGUAAUCGCGGCGUAACAAUAUUAUUGUUCGAUGCUCGGUGCAAUUUUUUCGAACGAGGGAAUAGAAAAGUCAGCUUCGCCCUUUCGGUGCAUCGUUAUUUCGAUAAUUCUUUGGGGUUAGGAGCAAGCGUUGAUCAUAGUCGCUGGUGGUCCAUACGGAAGCUAGAUCAUCGCGAAAGUUUUCGGUAAAAUGUGUUUAAUGAACAGAUCUUUUCAGCAAUUGAGCAGCGAAAGGGUCGAAAGGUGAGAACGAUUGGAAAAGAGGAAGGCGGAGUUGGGCGGCCUUCGUGGUGAGCGAAGCAUUAUUAAAUGUGGUGCCCCAAUAUUCUAGCUUUCUGAGGAGGUAAGGAUAUUCUUCACCCAACAAAGCAGCACUUCCAAGCCAUCACCCAUCCUUCGUAUUCCAUCUACGUGAUUACCGUAUUAUGUAACGGAGUGUUUCGAUGUUCCGUAGUAACACUUUCUCUUACACAAAACACACACACACUCUUUCUCUCUCUUUCUGUCUAUUGGGGGCGGUCAGCGAGUUCACGGACGACUUCUAACCCAGUAACGCGAUGUCGUUGACUUUGUCAAUUUUCGGAAACCGUGACUGUUCUACGAAAAGUAGUCCACGAUGCUUUAACCGGUUUUAACAUUCGAUAACUCGUAGUAAGCUUUGUCAAACUUUACGCGUUGCUGGUAACGGUUUAUCGAGUCUCUUGUCAAACUCUUUCAUUAAAUUUCUCUCGAAACUUUAAAAGUUCGACGAUACUCUUAAUUGGUAACCAUCGCGAUUUAAUAUGGAAGUAAUUUUCGUUGUACGAUCGACGCACAAGAGCCACGAUGAAUCCUUCCAGCGUGAUACCAAUGGAGACGAUCACGUUCGAGUUGAAACUCGCCCGGGAAGUCAUCAGCCGUCCCCAACGUCUGUCUCUGUAUCUUUUUUUUUAUCUGUCCCUUUCUCUGGUGUGAGUCGUUGCUCUGACUGUUCGCAAUCAUUCACGUACCGCGCGCAAAAGCGAUCUCCGGGGCGCGACGCCUUCUCCGCGUAUGGCGCGGUCGUUCGUCGUCGGACGACAAUACGGAGAACGGAGAAGACGGAACGCCCGCGUUCGACACUUUCCUGCGUACGUGCGUGUGUGUGCAGCCUAACGAUAAUCGUAGAUAGUCACGUAGAUUUUACUACUAUAUUAUUUUUCUGUGGUUCUCCGUGGCAGUCGUUGAGAAACACCCGAGGAACCCGAGACGAUGAACGCCGCCUUGCGGAACGAGCGGUCGGAACCGAUCGCUCGCCUCUCCGUAGACCUGUUGUUUAUUACUUGGCACGACAUAGAAUGUUGGAGCGAUGCGUGGACGUCCUCCUCGGACGAGCAGCCUCUGGUCCAAGCAAUUCGCGACGAUCCAUUUCAAGCACCAAGCUCCUCGUAAACAGUCACUAUCUUGGUACUUUCUCGUUGUCAGGACUUAAAAAGCGGAAUAAGAUGCAAAUUUCCCUAAUUAUCGAUUCCUUAACUUUGUCAACUUGUACCAUCCCCUUAUCCAAGACACUGUCUUCUCCAACCAACUGCUUCCACUGUAAAAACGUUGUAAUUUUAAAUCGAGAGGCGUAACGAUCAGCGACGUUUACUUGGACCAUCGGGGUCGUUGGUUGCCAAGGAGGACCGCGACAUCCGCUCGACGCUGCGUACUCUACUAGUUGAUUAGCUAGAAAACGUUUAGCUGUGUAACUCUGCUUGCAAUCCCGCCGCGGAAUCUCGUUCGUAGAGCCCGCGACGGGAUCCUCACGCGGCCUGCCGACCCCAGUGUAGAUCAGACGAGCGUAGUAGGUACGUACACGAAAAUAAAGAGAGAGACACAAUACAUAAUACGUCCUAAUCUAUUCCCAAGGCCCCCGUUGCUCCCUGGACCGCAACCAUCUCCAAACACUCGCUCCACACGUAUGAAUAUAUCUCUCGUACACGCAGGAAACACUGUUUGUAACUUUGUAUCGUUGGUCUCGAUAUCGCUGCAUGCUCAGUAUGACGAGUCCUGGCCGGGCAC